AUGGAAAUCACGUUAUACGGUAGAGCAUGCCCUGAUGUGACCGUUUGCGAUUUAACUUAUGAUCACGAGUUUAUUAUAUUGGCUUGUGAUGGUAUAUGGGAUGUGAUGUCGAACCAAGAGGUGGUCGACUUUUGUCGUGAUAGGCUAGCGGCUGGCCGAGAACCUGAAACGGUUUGUUUUGUUCGGUUUUUUGUGGGUUUGAAACGAUAA